AUGUCGAGCUAUGUAAAAUUCCUCAAGGAUAUUCUAGCUAACAAAAGAAAGAUCGGGGAAAAUGAAAUAGUUGCAUUAACAUAUGAAUGCAGUACACUGUUUCAGAACAAUAUCCCCAUCAAAAUGAAGGAUCCUGGGAGUUUUACAUUGCCCUGCUCAAUAGGAGGGAAGAAGGUCAGAAACGCGCUGUGCGAUUUAGGGGUGAGUAUAAACCUAAUGCCCUUGUCGAUCUUCAAGAAGCUGGAUAUCGACAAUGCAAGACCAACCACGAUUACAUUACAGUUGGCCGAUAGAUCGAUAAUGCAUCCCGAGGGCAAAAUAGAGGAUGUACUCGUGCGAGUGCUGAUCGACGUACAAAAAGGAGAACUCACCAUCAGGGUUGAUGAUCAGCAAGUGAAGUUCAACGUUCUCAAUGCGUUAAAAUACCCAAGUGAUAUGGAGAAUUGCCAAUGUAUUGAGGAAUUGCGAGAAGAACCUUGGCAUGAGCCCCUAGAAGAGUUGGAGGAAGAAGAUUUUGGAAUCGACGCAAUGUGGGAGGAGAAUUGCGCCGCAAUACAAGUUGAAUCAAAUUUUGAACCACUCAAUUAUUGA